AUACGCAAAGAGCUAAUCGCCAAAAAAAAAAGGGGAGUGUAUAGAGGAGAAAAAGGAGAGGGUCUUCGCUCGAGGAUGGCUGCGCGGGCCAUCAGGAUAACGGUGCGGACACCCAACGGGUUUACGAGGCAUCGACGCCACCACCGUCAGCAGGGCAAAGUCGUCAGGAGUAGCGGCCGGCCGGCCUUCCUUCGUUUCAGCAGGUCCUCCUCGAGGAAUCGACUGCCAGUCGGCCUACCACGAUAAAACCAAGGGGACGAAAAGAAGAAGAAAAAAAAACAUGUUUCCGCGGCUGUUGUUCGCGGCUCUGCUGGUGUUGUCUCUGGGGACGAGUAGAGGCCAGCGAAUCGGCAGUACGAUCAAGAUCGGUAAGACGGACCGUGGGAGCAGUGGCCACGCGAGCACGGGCCGGGGCAGCUCUGGGAUAAAAAUCGGCGAGGGCGUCAAGUUGCUCAACACGACCAGAGUGACGAGACCCGUGCUCACCACCUCGAUGACCAGUACCGGUAUUCCGAUGGCCUAUGCGUCGCAGCAGCCGCUCGAGAACACGACCGCCGGGGAGUUCACCAAUGGCACCAAGCUGCUCAAGGUGGGCCUGGCAGUGCCGUACAAGUCCUUCGGCUCCCGUGAGUACACGAAAGCCGUGAGCAAGGUCGUAAACGCCCUGCAAAAGAGCACCAAACGCCCGAAUCUCAGUCUCUUCCAGCACUACGAUAUAUUCGUCAAGGUGGCCAUGCAGGAGCUCACACCCAGCCCGAUGAACAUACUGAACUCGCUGUGCAAGGAGUUCCUGUCGAUGAACGUGUCGGCGAUACUCUAUCUGAUGAAUUACGAGCAGUACGGCAGGAGCACGGCCAGCGCCCAAUACUUCCUCCAAUUGGCCGGAUACCUCGGCAUACCCGUCAUCGCCUGGAACGCCGACAAUUCCGGCCUCGAGAGGAGUAGCUUGCACCUGCAGCUGGCCCCGUCGAUCGAGCACCAGACGGCAGCGAUGCUGAGCAUCCUCGAGCGGUACAAGUGGCACCAGUUCAGCGUAGUGACGUCCCAGAUAGCCGGCCACGACGACUUCGUCCAGGCGGUGAGGGAGCGCAUCUCCGAGACCCAGGAGAGGUUCAAGUUCACGCUGCUCAAGGCCGUCCUCUGGACCGAGAGGCAGGACCUCGUCGAGCUCAUUGACAGCGAGUCGAGGGUCAUGCUCCUGUACUCGACCAGCGAGGAGGCCAACGUCAUAUUCAGGCAGGCCAAGGAGCUCGAGAUCACCGGCGAAAAUUACGUCUGGGUCGUCACGCAGAGCGUCAUCGGCGACCGGCAGCCCAGCCACCACUUUCCCGUUGGCAUGAUCGGGGUGCACUUUGACACGGGCUCGACGAGCCUCGUCAACGAAAUAGCGACCGCCAUCAAAGUGUACGCCCACGGCGUCGAGGGUUUCAUCAACGAUCCCAGGAACUACGGCUACAGCCUCAACACGCAGCUCAGCUGCGAGGACCACGGCAGCGAGUCCCGGUGGAGCACCGGCGAGUACUUUUUCAAGUACUUGAAGAACGUGUCGGUGGAGGGCGAGACUUACGGAAAGCCGCAGGUCGAGUUCACGCAGGACGGGCUCUUGAAAUCCGUCGAGCUCGAGAUCAUGAAUUUAAGACCCGGCCUCAGCGGACAGCUGGUCUGGGAGGAGAUCGGGACGUGGAAGUCGUGGGAGAAGGACGGUCUCGACAUAAAGGACAUCGUUUGGCCGGGCAACAUGCACACGCCGCCCCAGGGCGUGCCCGAGAAGUUUCACGUCAAGAUAACCUUCCUCGAGGAGCCGCCCUACAUCAAUCUCGCGCCGCCCGAUCCCGUCACGGGCAAAUGCCUCAUGGAACGCGGCGUCCACUGCCGGAUAGCCAAAGAAGCCGAAGCUCAAGACUCCUCGUACGCGAACCGAACGACGAGUACGACGACGAUGGGAACGACGGCGGCGGGAGGAGAGUCGCAGGCCGCCACCACGAUGCGCAACGGUACCAUUACCUACCAGUGCUGCAGCGGCUUUUGCAUAGACCUCCUGCAAAAGUUCUCCGAAGAGAUGGGCUUUACCUACGAGCUCCUGAGGGUCGAGGACGGCAAAUGGGGCACCCUCGAGAAUGGCAAAUGGAACGGGCUGAUAGCCGAGUUGGUUAACCGUAAGACCGACAUGGUCAUGACCUCGUUGAAGAUAAACUCGGAGCGCGAGGCUGCGGUAGACUUUACGGUGCCCUUCAUGGAAACCGGCACCGCCAUCGUCGUAGCCAAGCGCACCGGCAUCAUUUCGCCCACCGCAUUUCUCGAACCAUUCGACACAGCUUCGUGGAUGCUCGUUGGCCUCGUGGCCAUACACCUGGCAACCUUCAUGAUUUUUCUCUUCGAGUGGCUCUCGCCCUCCGGCUACGGGAACAACGAUAGUUCCGUAGUGGGACUCGCGACCCGAAAGCUGCAGGAGACGAGACAUAAGCCUCGCCACGAGGCUGCGGCCCAUCGUUACCAGCAUCGCCAGCAGCAACGCCGAGAGCUGCAGCUUCAGCAAUUACAGCAGCAAUACCAACAGAUACGCAGCACGAACCCGUUCUCCCUGUGCAGGGUUUACUGGCUCGUGUGGGCCGUGCUCUUUCAAGCCGCGGUUCACGUCGACUCCCCAAAAGGGUUCACUGCUAGGUUCAUGACGAACGUGUGGGCGAUGUUCGCUGUGGUGUUCCUGGCGAUUUACACGGCUAACCUCGCGGCCUUCAUGAUAACGCGCGAGGAGUUUUACGCCUUCACCGGCGUCGACGAUCCGCGGCUGGCUCGGCCCACCUCGCACAAGCCGAUGCUCAAGUACGGCACGGUGCCCUGGACCCACACCGAUCGCACCCUCGCCAAGUACUUCAGGGAGAUGCACGCCUAUAUGAAGCACUUCAACAAGAACAACGCCGCCGAGGGUGUCGAGGCUGUGGUCAACGGCGACUUGGACGCUUUCAUUUACGACGGCACGGUGUUGGACUACUUGGUCACGCAAGACGAGGACUGCCGGCUCUUGACCGUAGGUUCGUGGUACGCGAUGACCGGCUAUGGGUUCGCCUUUCCCCGCAACUCGAGAUUCCUAAAGAUGUUCAAUCAGCGGCUCCUCGAGUACAUAGACAACGGUGACCUGGAGAGGUUAAGGCGUUACUGGAUGACCGGCACCUGCCGGCCGGACAGGGAGGUGCAAAAGAGCAGCGACCCCCUCGCGCUCGAGCAAUUCUUGAGUGCUUUUUUAAUGCUGAGAUAA